AUGCCUAUUCAAGACUUCCAUUGCAGCUUACCCAUCUCUAUUUUCCCCUUAGCUUGGUCUAGUAUUUGGGCGCUAUAUGAGAAUCUUUCAGCCAACGGCAGACAGGGCAGCUGGACACCACUUGGCAGUUUCUUUGACGAGAUACUCCCAUUUGCGGGUCAGCUCGGUAUUAAUAUUGCUGUGGCCUCGACGUCCCUUAUCAUCACCACCGUCGGUUUGAUAGGAUGGGAGAAGAUUUUCAGGUACUUGGAGACACCUAUGCAAUUGCAGAUGCUGACACUACACAAGCUCGCGGGGACCCUUCCAUCGCUCAAGAAAGCCAUAAUACUUGCUAACGAGAUAGCACACAUUGGAAUCACGUUGAAAAGCAAGCAGCAUCCCAUGGACAAAUCCACAACCAUACUGCUGUGGGUGGAGUGUAAAGGGGUUAAAUUUGAGUAUUGGAAGAGGAAUAUCGUACCCAUUGCAGAAUCAUUUAGCACGUCUGCGGGUAUAAAAGACCCACUAAAUGUUAUAAUACCACUACCAGACGUGUCUCGCAACCACAGUACGCGUCUAGAACUCAGAGUGAGUGGUGGGAUGUGCUUCGAUGGUGCUUUCCAAAUGCGUUACGCUGAUCUGCAGUUAUAUCCAGCCGAGACCUGGGAUGUCGCUGUGUCUGAGCAGAUGUACCUAAUGACCAAGGCUCACGCCAGGGAAGCGUAUUCCGCGUUGUAA